AUGAGUCCGCGAUCAAACGCGUGUUCUACCUGCCGUUCGCGCAAGGUCAAGUGUGAUAGAAGUCUACCAAGAUGCUCGGCCUGCAGGCGAUUGAACCUGGAUUGUGUACAACAAGGCGCUGUCCAAGGAUUAAUAUGGCUGGAUCCGGGAGUCCCUAAUAAAACAACAUCACGGAAAUGCAGCACAGAGUCGCCGGAAAGAGAGAUGGGUCUUCGUAGGAAACCGCUCUUCUCGGACCGCGAACGUAUUGCGGAGUGCUCCAGAAUGACACGGCAAAUAUCCGACAACCAAGUAGAGGGACUUCUUUUGCAAUUGGAUACUCAGGCCGAAACACUGGAUUACGAUGCGCCACUCAACCAUGGUCCUUUUGGAGUUUUCUCUGUGAACAAACCGAAAUCGCCAUCGCUAUCGCCUUCAUCUCCGCCUGUACCCGAGCCUGAAGCUCUUUCGAUCAUCAACUCGCUGCCAGAGGACGAUUGGUACGGCAUUGACUUCAUGAAUGUCGAGCAAUCUUCGCACGACUUCCAACCUCUGAUGAUGAAGAGUCCUCUUCCUCUUUCCUGGGCCACUCCCUCACCAAUGUUAAACUUCGGUGACGGCAUGGAUGAAGCUUUCAACAUGAACCUUGACGGAACUGAAGACCCAUCUGGUAUCACCGAUCUGACCAGAUUCUUCCCUCUCAGCCCUCGUUUGCCUACGCCCGUUACUUUGACAUUUUCCCAGGACGUGGCUGGAAUGGCGCCUGGAGUUAUGCGCACCUUGCUCGAUCACUAUCAAACUUCAAUGAUGUCGUGCUUUACACCGCUGCAUCACGAGAAGCCACCAUGGAAAAUUCUACAUUUGCCUUGUGCUAUUUCUGCUUAUGGAGAGCUGUCACUUCUCGGGGACUCAAACAACGCUAAGAUGACAUUGCUGUUUGCCGUUCUUGCUAUGAGCGCCUUCAAUCUGAAGCACUUGCAAACAGAUCCUAUGGAGGCGGACAACUGGCAAUCUAUCGCAGAAUCCUAUCGCGAGAAGGCAAAGUCGCGACUGAAGACUUGCCUCCGUGAGCAAAGUGAAGAAAAAAAGAAGUCGAAGUACAAGGAGGUGUUAAUGGCCCUGACCAGCAUGGUUACAGUCUGCGUGGUCAGCGGUCAGAUGCAAGAAGCAAGAUGCUACCUUCUAGAUGCGGAACGAUUCAUCUACAUGCAAAGCCUGAAGAAGCCCAAGCAGUCGCGAAAAGUCAACAUGCUGCACAGCAUCUACCUCUACCUAAGGAUUAUCGAGGAAAGCACAUUUACUCCAGUUGAGGAUGCCCAGCCAUUCUUGGCCGACCAAUCUUACGCAGUAACGAGAGAGACACCGAGCGAAAUGUGCCGCUACCCUUCUCUCUGGACUGACCGCCUAAAGCUGGGCUCGGAGCUGGACUCUCAGGAUAUGGCAGACCUUGAGACACGACUGGUGAAGUUUCCUGUGGAUCAAGAUGAACCCACUAUGUUCGAGCAAAUCUAUGGGAUCCCUGAAUCACUUUUUCGAUUGAUCUCGCACGCAACUCACCUCGCCGACGAGGUCCGAAGGAGUCGCUCUACUUACCCUGGUGGCAUGUCCCCAGAGGUCGCCCAAAGAGCUAAGAUUAUCGAAAGCAAGAUUUGCAACUGGAAGAACCCCUACAGACUGCUGGCUGAAAAGCAAACUCUGAUCGUAUAUGGACCUGCAGAACGCUCCGACAAGAUCGAAGUGCGAACGGAUCUGCUCUUCAACUUCCUCGAGGCCAUGCAUUCCGCUUUGAUCAUCUACUUCUACCGCAGAGUUAGAGACACUAACGCGAUUGCACUACAACAUUGGGUCGGGAAGACGAUUCACAACCUCCUUGAGCACGAGAAGAAGAAGAACAAAUACGGCGAUACAUCCGCCUACGUCGCAUGGCCAGGUUUCAUCGCAGCUUGCGAGGCCUUGGAUCCCAUGCACCGUGAGCAAAUUUCGGCCUUCAUGUUCAGAGCUGGCAGACAGUCUGGCAUGGGCAUGUUUGACACCGCUAGCGAUGUGGCAACAAAAGUCUGGGCCGCAAGAGAGGACACUGGAUCUCUUGACGUGUCGUGGAGUGAUAUACUAGCCACCAGCAAAAACGGCUUGAUUGUCACAUGAAAAGGAUGGAUGUGUGAAGGAACUUUAUGACUGCUACGAUUUGCUUCUUAUGAACUUACGAAUUUAUCAAAAGCUCAAUACCUAAUUUUGAAUACUUUUUUCCCUCU